UUUUUUCAAAAACACAAUUAAAUUAUUUGACAACAAAUGGAGAAACAAUUGACUGACAUAUCAAACGAGGCUAUUAAUCAUAAAAGUAUUGCUGGCUUUCAAUGUAUUGAUAGCAAUGGACUGUGUCUUACGGCCAGUGGUUUGGCAGAUGAGAGGACCAGCGGAUCCAUUGUUGCCAUUGCAAAGUUGGCCCAAAAACUUGAUCCCAAUAACAGUGUAGUUGUUUGCGUUGAAUCUGUCAAUAGCAAAAUAUUGAUCAAACAAAACAAUCACUUAACCACUGCUCUCUACACCAAACAUUGAAUUAAUUAAUUAAUUAAUUAAUUAAUAAAUAAUAAUAAUGAAAAUAAUUAAAUGAGAAAACUCU